AUGGCAAUGUCAGAGAGCAAGAUAGCGAAAGAACUUGCUGAUUCAUAUAAAUUGCUAUUAGAAUUGGUGAGGGAUUUAAUACCUAUACAGGAGAAACUUGAUAUAGAUAUCAAUCCCAUUUUAGAAAUAGAACUUAGAAGGGAUAAAGCCUCUUCAGAUAAAUCAAUUAGAUUAUUUGAUUUGCUUUUAUAUUUAGAAGAUAAUAUAGUGACAAUUCAGGAAGAACUUGGUAUUGUCAGUUAUACUAAUGAAGAAAUAGCAAAAGAAGUUGAUAAAAAUGCGAGAGUGUAUCUCCAAAGAUUUGAGAAAUUUCACGACCUCUUAGAAGAUGAUUUAGGUGUGUUAAUAAAGAAAUUCACUGAUAUAGGGAUAAAAAAAUUUUGGUUUACUGGUGAGGGACUACCAUUAUUUCUAAAUAUCUCUUCUCAAUAA